GAUGAAAAAUAUGUUCCUCCUGAAUGUGGCCCCUAUCAUGUCUGCUGUCGUAACCCAGAAUCAUCCACGAGUCGCCCGUAUGAACAUAGGUGUGGCACCAGAAAUCCAGGAGGUAUCAAUGGCAGAAUUCUUUCUCCCCAUGCGACAGGUGAAGCAGAGUUCGGAGAAUGGCCAUGGCAGGCAGCAGUUUUAAAGAAGGACAAUGGAGAAUUUAUAUUCAAAUGUGGGGGAACUCUCAUUGAUGAGAGGCAUGUUCUUACAGUUGCUCAUUGCGUUUCGGAAUUUUUAGGUAAUGAAACUACGUUAAUUGUUCGACUUGGAGAAUGGGACACACAAAAUACCGAUGAAUUUCUUCCUCAUGAAGACUAUGACGUAUCAGAGAUCAUGAUUCAUCCUCAGUAUCGUUCGAAUAAUCUAUUCAACGACAUUGCAAUUCUGAAACUCAAUCGUGAUGUAGUCUUCAGACCCCACAUUGAUACUGCUUGCCUCCCAAGAGAUGAGGAUGACUUUACUGGUCAAGACUGUAUUGUUACGGGAUGGGGCACCAAUGCCUACAAAAGUGGUAGCUUUUCUAUGAUCAUGAAGGAAGUAUCAGUACCUGUUUUAGGGCACGCAGAAUGUCAGGAAAAGCUGCGCAGAACUAGGCUGGGCCGUUACUUUAAAUUACACGCUGGGUUCUUAUGUGCUGGUGGGAAAGAAGGCCAAGACUCCUGCAAAGGAGAUGGAGGAGGUCCGCUAGUUUGUUUCAGAUCUGACAAUUCCUACACUGUAUCCGGGUUGGUGUCCUGGGGAUUGGAUUGUGGACACGCGGAUGUUCCAGGAGUAUAUGUAAAUGUUAGGAAGUACAUUAAUUGGAUCACUUCUAAAACUGGAAAACCAUUACAGGACUACUGGAGUACGCCUUUGUAAAAACUAUUGUUGAAUGUAGGAGAAACAGAAUAGAAAUCAUUUUUUAAAAAAGUCAUUCUGUAGAUGUGGUAGUACGUCAUUAAUCCUUCUGGUACUGAAGUCAAUGAAUUUAAGAAUUACGGAAAUAGGCAGUAUGCGUACAAUAUAAACUUACUAAGGCAGCGAGACAAGAUGAUUAGUCCUACUUAUUAGUCUAAUAGUAAGUAGAAAAGAAAAUAUAAGGCAAAGAACUAAAAUCAUUAAUUGUGUACAAUAAAAUGUAAUAUAAAAAUUGGUAACAAUUUG